CGAUAGGUUACUUAAUUGAAAAUGCAUUUACAACUCAUGGAUAUUAACACUAGUUGUCAAUAAAUCCACAAGAUGAAAUGGCGUUAGAGAACCAGAAAAUGUUCCAAACGAUUGCCGCCAUAGAGCUUUAUCACGCACAGAGGGAAGUGGCAAACUAUCUUGAACUCGCAUACCUUCAUCUUGCUGACCACACUGAUGUAGCGAGAGAGGUACGAAUGACGGCCCACAGUGCGCGCACGCAACAUUUGAUGACGUCGGGUUUGAUGAAGAAAUUCACGGCGACGUCGUUUCACAUUGUAAAGACAAUGAUACCCAUAAUUCUUGAUGCUGUCGAACUACAGGACAGAGACAUUAUCAUAGAAGCGUUUGGUCAGAUUAUUGAAAAUGCGGAAACUAUGAAAAAGGAAUCUGAAGAUACAAGAACAAGCUAUCUAAAUAUUCAGACGGAUAUUCAGAGGAACCUAGCAUCAGUAAACGACCGUAAUAAGGAUAUUGUCGAUAAGAAGAAGAAGAUUGAAAUUGAAAAAUUGAGAGAAGAGGAAAUGGCGAAGGCGGCUCAACUCGCACAAAAAGAGUUAGAUCAAGAAAGGAAACGUAUUGAUGAUGAACUGAAAACAUUGAAAUCAUACAGAGAUAGAAUGUAUGAAUCAGCAGAUGCUGCUGGAAAGGCCAUGACUCAGGAUAACGACACGACAUUUAUGAGCUCUGUCGGCCCCUCUGAAGCUAUGGUUGGUCCUUCUGCAUUCGUUAUGACAAUCGCCACCUCUCUUGGGAACAUACUAACCAAUGUCUUUAAAGGCGAUAGGAAAAUGAAAAUGUACAAAGAGCUUCAGAAAAACUACCAAGCAAGUGAAGAAAAUGUUCAUCGUGCAUCUCAAGAGAGGCGACAAGUUAUUGAUCGAGUCAAUGAACAGAGAAAGGAGGCGUUAAUACGGCUGGCUAAGCUGAAGGAACUGACUCUACAGGAAGCUUCUUUGGGAAAUGUGGAGAGUCUCCGUGAAGCCUCCAUGCAGCUCGGAGCCGUUGACAAACAAUUCACUCGGAUCAUCCUGUUCUGGGAGAACAUGGCUGCCACACUUAAGUUUCUUAAGGAGGAUGUAAAAUCUGGAGAAGUCUAUUUGAAGAAGAUUGAGGAGGAGAGAUACGCAGAACGAUUCAAGAAGUCGAUUGGAAAGGCGGAAAGGGACUGGAGGUUUUUCGGAAGAAUUUGCAGCGAUUAUGUACAAGAAAGCGAUACCCAAAUCAACCAUCUCUACAAUUUCCUAUCCAGCCCGGUGGACCAUAUGUCCACAUAUGACAGGGACAAGCGUCAGCAAGCUAUCCUGGACUCCAUUGAAAGUGACAUUGCAUCUGCGUUCGGUGAUACAGAAUAG